CGCUCCGGGAGUGUGACGGGGACGAGCGGAAGCCGCGUUUGUUGUUCUUCCUUCUGUUUCCGAGACGUUCAGGGGUCUACACGGGUUCCAGAGGCGCGUCUGCAUGUCGCUGCUAAUUCCCCUCAUAAACCGUCUUCUACCGCACCCGAAUGAAGAUUAACAGGUAUGCCAAAGGAAAAAUAUGAUCCUCCAGAUCCCCGCAGAUGUUACACCAUCAUGUCAGCUGAGGAGGCGGCCAAUGGGAAGAAGUCUCACUGGAACGAGCUCGAGAUAACCGGACGAGUCAGGAGCCUGAGCAGCUCGUUAUGGACCCUCACGCACCUGACGGCGCUGCACAUCAACGACAACAACCUGACCCGCAUCCCGCCGGACAUCGCCAAGCUGCCCAACCUGGUCUACCUGAACCUGUCGUCCAAUAAGCUGCGCAGUCUGCCCUCCGAACUGGGCAACAUGGUCUCUCUCAGGGAAUUGCUUUUAAACAACAAUCUUUUACGAGUCCUGCCUUAUGAACUCGGACGGCUUUUCCAGCUUCAAACUCUGGGACUAAAAGGAAAUCCGUUAUCGCAGGACAUCCUGAAUCUGUACCAGGAGCCCGACGGAACCAGAAAGCUUUUGAACUACAUGCUCGACAAUCUGGCAGUUCACCCAGAGCAGCUCCCCCAAAGACCGUGGAUCACUCUGAAAGAGCGAGACCCGAUGAGCCCAACAGCUGCGUUCACAGUCAUGUGCUACAACGUGCUGUGCGACAAGUACGCCACGCGGCAGCUCUACGGCUACUGUCCGUCCUGGGCGCUGAACUGGGAGUACCGGAAGAAAGGCAUCAUGGAGGAAAUCACCGGCUGUGACGCCGACAUCAUCAGCCUGCAGGAAGUGGAGACCGAGCAGCACUACACCUUGUUCCUGGAAACACUAAAGGACCGCGGCUACGACGGCUACUUCUGCCCCAAAUCCCGCGCCAAGCUGGUUUCGGAGCAGGAGAGGAAACACGUCGACGGCUGCGCCAUUUUCUUCAAGACCGAGAAGUUCACUCUGGUCCAGAAACACACCGUGGAGUUCAAUCAGGUGGCCAUGGCCAACUCUGAGGGGUCAGAGGUCAUGCUGAACAGAGUGAUGACCAAAGACAACAUUGGUGUGGCGGUUCUGCUGGAGGUUAAUAAGAACAUGUUCUCCAGUGGCGUGAAGCCUCAGGAGAGGCAGCUACUUCUUGUGGGCAAUGCUCACUUGCAUUGGGACCCGGAGUACUCGGACGUUAAGCUGAUCCAAACCAUGAUGUUUCUGUCGGAGCUGAAGAGCAUCGCUGAGAGAGCCUCAGGCGCCAUGACAACAGACUCCCCGACCUCUGACCUGUCAUCCAUCCCCAUCGUCCUGUGUGCCGACCUCAACUCUCUGCCCGACUCUGGCGUGGUGGAGUACCUGAGCAACGGCGGGGUGGCUGAAAACCACAAGGACUUCAAGGAGCUGCGCUACAACGAGUGUCUCACCAACUUCAGUUGCAACGGCAAGAACGGCAACUCGGACGGCAGCAUCACACACAGCUUCCAGCUGAAGAGCGCGUACGACAGCAACCUGAUGCCUUACACCAACUACACAUAUGACUUCAAGGGUGUCAUCGACUACAUCUUCUUCUCCAAGACACACAUGAGCGCCGUGGGCGUCCUGGGCCCGCUGGACAGCCAGUGGCUGGUGGACAACAACAUCACCGGCUGCCCCCACCCCCACAUCCCCUCGGACCACUUCUCCCUGCUGGCCCAGCUGGAACUGCAACCCCCCGCUCCCCACGCGCUCAACCCCAUGAACGGCCUGCACUUGCCGGUCCACAGGUGAAAGGUCGUCGGCACAACCCCAGGACGGAUUGGGCCGCGAGCAGCAGCGGUAGACGUUGAGGCCUAUACUUCACUCCUGAACCAACUUCACCGGGAUUUUUGUACAAACAGCUUUACACGAUCUGACUCUUUGACGAUAAUACGGGGGUGUCUUUCACAUUCUCACAUUUAAGGAGUGCUUUUUUCUCUCCUCUCCAGUCAGAGAUGUACGUCAUGUUGCACAUUUUGUCUUUGUUGGGUUUCUCUAGAUGUUCCUGUACAGAACAAAUGUCGCUGGUUUUACUCUGUCUCAAACAUUGCAGACUUUCAGAUUGGAACUUUGUACGAAUCGAAAUAACCACGUUUUUCUCAGAAAAAAAACACAUAAAUGUUUUAGGUUUAAA